GAACACCACUCUUCCGGUAUGCGCCCGCGCGGCGCAAUGACGUCACGCGAGCCCUCCUUCUUGGGUUCCUGAGUCCCUAAAUCGUGCUGCGUCGGCAACCGUAGUGACGCGUGUGGCCCGGAGGAUGGCGGACGCCGGCUUUCGCCGCGUGGUUCCUAGCGACCUGUAUCCCCUAGUGCUCGGCUUCUUGCGCGACAACCAACUGUCAGAGGUGGCUAACAAGUUCGCCAAGGCGACAGGCGCUACCUGUCAGGAUGCCAAUGCAUCUUCCCUCUUGGACAUCUAUAGUUUCUGGCUCAAGUCCUCCAAGGCCCCAAAGCGAAAGUUACAGGCAAACGGGCCAGUAGUUCAGAAGGCUAAGAAGAAGACUUCAUCCAGUGACAGCAGUGAGGACAACAGUGAGGAGGAAAAAACCGAAGUGCCUCCAGUUAAAAAGGCUGCUGCCAAGCGGGCUAGUCUUCCUCAGCAUCCUGGAAAGGCUGCAGCCAAAGCCUCAGAGAGCAGCAGCAGUGAAGAAUCCAGUGAUGAUGAGGAGGGGGAAGAGGACAAAAAGAAAAAGCCUGUCCAGAAAGGAGUUAAGCCCCAAGCCAAGGCAGCCAAAGCCUCCCCCAAGAAAGCUGAGAGUUCUGGUUCUGACUCGAGCUCAGAGGAUGAGGCACCAAAGAACCAGAAGCCAAAGACAACAUCUGUGACAGCUAAAGCUCAGGCUAAAGCCCCAGCCAAAGCAGGAAUGCCAGUUCAAGCAACACCUAAAGUAGCCAAUGGCAAAGCAGCUAGCAGUAAUAGCAGCAGCAGCAGCAGUAGUAGUAGUGAUGACUCGGAAGACGAGAAUGCAGCAGCCAUCUCUAAGAAGACUGUACCUAAAAAACAAAUUGUGGCCAAGCCUCCAGUGAAAGCCUCCGCUGCCUCUGCCCAGAACAGUUCCAGUAGUGAGGAUUCCUCUAGUGAGGAGGAGGAGGAGCAGAAGAAACCCAUAAAGAAAAAACCAGGUCCCUACAGUUCAGUCCCCCCACCUUCUGCUCCUUUACCAAAGAAGACCCUGGGGAUCCAGCCUCCCAAGAAAGCUGCAGAGAAGAAACAGCCUGAGGAAAGCAGUGAGGACAGCAGCGAUGAGUCUGAUUCAAGCUCUGAGGAAGAGAAGAAACCCCCAGCUAAAGCAGUCAUCUGUAAAGCAACCCCUAAACCAGCUCCAGGAAAGAAAGCAGCAGAGAGUUCUUCAGACAGCUCAGACUCUGACAGCUCUGAGGAUGAAGCUCCUGCCAAGCCAGCCAGUACCACCAAAAGUCCCUCAAGUAAGCCAGUUGCCAUUACCAAACAGCCUGCAGCGAAACCGGCUGCAGCUCCCAAGCAACCUGUAGGCGGUGGCCAGAAGCCUCUGCCCAGAAAGGCCGAUAGCAGCUCCAGUGAGGAGGAGAGCAGUUCUAGUGAGGAGGAGGAGAAGAUGACAAAGAAGACUGUGGCCACACCUAAGUCCAAGGUGAUGGCCAAAGCACCUUCAUCUCUGCCUGCCAAACAGACUCCUCAGGGAGGUGGGGAUAGCAGCUCUGAUUCUGACAGCUCCAGCAGUGAGGAGGAGGAGGAAGAGAAGACAUCUAAACCCCCCGUUAAAAGGAAGCUGCAGAAGGCAGCAGGAACUGUAACUCCUUCCAAGCCAGCCUCCAAAAAGAAAGUAAAGGCUGAGAGCAGCAGUAGUUCUUCCUCUGGUGACUCCAGUGAGGAGGAAGAGGCGAAGCCCAAGGCUAAGGCCACUCCAAAACCACAAACUCCCAAGGUCAAUGGUACUUCUGCACUGACUGCCCAGAAUGGAAAAGCAGGCAGAGACAACAGUGAGGAGGAGGAUGGAGUGGCAGUUUCCAAGCCAGGAAAGAAGCGGAAGCAGAAUGAGGCUGCCAAGGAGGCAGAGACUCCUCAAGUCAAAAAGCCUAAGCUCCAGACCCCCAACACAUUUCCAAAGAGGAAGAAAGGUGAGAAAAGGGCAUCAUCCCCAUUCCGAAGAGUCAAGGAAGAGGAAAUUGAGGUGGAUGCACGAAUGGCAGACAACUCCUUUGAUGCCAAGCGAGGUGCAGCCGGAGACUGGGGGGAACGAGCCAAUCAGGUUCUGAAGUUCACCAAAGGCAAAUCCUUCCGGCAUGAGAAAACCAAGAAGAAACGGGGUAGCUACCGGGGAGGCGCCAUCUCCAUCCAGGUCAAUUCCGUUAAGUUUGACAGCGAAUGACUUGGGAUCAUCUGUGUUGAAGCAGAGGUGAUGCUCCAGGACCACCUACUUUCCCCAGUGGACCUGGAACCUUCGGCUCUCUUCGGGGAAGGUCUGGGUAAAGACAGCAGUUUAGACUAGAUAUUAAGAUUUUGCAGCGUUUAACAUCCUCUGUGGUCCUUUUCUGUGUUCCUAGUUUUGUACAGAUUUGGUUUUGAGUGUUGAGUAGCAGGAGCAUGCUAAGGGGGGGUGUUAAUUUUUAAGAAAAUUUGUUUUGAUUUUCAUCCGUUUCUGCCUGUACUGUGGAAGUCCUCAUACUGAGAAAUUUGUAUAUUUUGUAUUAAAUCACUUCUUACUGAUUUUUGUUGUAAUUUUCAGAGGCGGGUUCCCACAGAUUAAAUUUUGGCUAUUGCCCAAGAUGUAAUAAAGGUCGCAUGUAUGGGUUUUUAUAAUCUACUUGAAGGAGAUUUCUGCCUAUGUGAUUCACGUUUCAUCCUUCCUACCCCUCACAGCCCUGGUGAGGGGCACUUAAAGAAUGACUUGUUUAUACGUGUGUGUCUGUCACGCAUGCACUGUGUAGUUCAUUCUCCUUCAUUGGUUCUGGGACUGAAGUUUUCAGUCAGCAUGGACCUAUCUACUUUUGGGGGAUAAAAUUCACUGUUUUGUUACAGGUAAAAUUCUGGUGUGGUGUGAAUGCCAUGGCUCAGUCUGGACAUUUUGUUGUCUGUAAUUUUAUCACUAUUACAUAAUACUUGUAAUACAUAUUUUUGGGUUCUUUUUUUCUUUUGGAAGCACAAGCUUUUUUCUGUUGAAAGGUUAUUUUGAUGACCCUUACUACUGUAGAGUACUAGGUUCUUAAAUAUUAUAGUUUAGAUCACUGAUUCCCAGAGAAGCUUUCAAAACAUUGAGGACUGCAUUUUCUUAUUUUUUUACUUUUAGAGAACAAAAUAACAUUAAUUUAUUCUGAAAAACACGUUAUCACUUGGUAUUUAUGUCUUGGUAGCAGUCAUGACAUAAAAUUGGUUUUAUUGACUCUGAAAUGGUUGGGAAUCACUGAUCAAGAAAGUGGGGGUGGAGGGGAACAACCCAACUAUCUUUACUUAGAAGUCUAAAUCCUCAGUAGGAAUUAGGUUACAUUAGGUGAGUUUAUAAGCAACCUAUGUAUGUGCUAGUGGAGGUGGAAGUUACCUUUAUAGAAGCAUAUUAGCUGGUAAAAUGAGUAUAGUGGGAUUCAAAGAGCAUUCUAACAGGAUUAUUGUGUCUGGUAGUUGGUACAUAGGAGCAAUUGAUGUGCCCCCUUAAGAACCUAAAAUGUCAGUAACAUUGGGCUUAACAGUAACAACCAGUGAGCAGAGAUAAUGACACCUAGGGCAAGCUGGCUGAGUGUACAGCUGUAAGAGGUGGUUGGCAGUGCUCAUUCAACAAGCGAGGAGGGAAGAGUCAGCAAGCUUUGUGGAGGCUGGGUUGUCCCUGUGGUGGGAAAGUGUGUCCCAAGAUCUCAAGGAUGAGAUGUAGAUCUUCAGGUUAACCUCCCUUUGUUUGGAUUCCACGCUUACUAACCCGAUGAUAACUUGGUUGUCCAUGAAACUGCCUUUAGGAAGAAGAUGCACUGCUCAUGCUGACAUAGUUAUUUCAGUCUGCAUGGUGAAAAUUACACGUCUUACUAUGACAUAAUAAACAAGCUGGUUUAUAAUGUGUCUUUGGGAGUAUUAUUGCAAGUGAGUCCACACCCUUCCUGCCUCCCACCAAAGUAGGGCAGCUCGGCUCCCGGUUUGAGGACUGGGGUCUAGAUCUGGGGAGUUCACUGCAGAGGCUUCUUGGCAGGAGCUUGCUGGCUUUAAUGGGCAGCACUUUGUCUCAUGGUGUCUUCCAGGCAAUAUUCCAGUCUGUGCAUAGUCUGAAUUGGGAGUUGGCGCAAGACAUAUUUUGUAUUGCCUAGGAGCUAAGAAUGAUUUUUACAUAUUUAAAGGGAUUGGGGGGUGGGGAAGGGCGACAGAGGCCUUAUGUGGCCCACAAAGCCUAAAAUAUUUGCUUUCUGGCCCUUUUCAGAAAAAGUUUGCCAUCCCUUGGUCUAAAUCAGUGCUUCAUGAUACUGGCUGCAAAUUAGAAUCAUCUGGGGGAAUUUUAAAAAACACUGAUACCCAGGGUCUGAUCCCCAGGCCAGUUGACUUGUGCUCUCUGAUGGGACCUGGGUGUUAGUAUUCCUUGAAGCAGACAGGUGAUUCUAAUGAGCAACUGGUGUUGAAAACUGCUAGUUGGAAGAGUAUUUGAAAAGAAAUGAAUGAUAGUGCCCCCACUCCCCGCCAUGUUUCUAUUUUCAAAUGUACUUGUUACAUUUAAUUAUACAAAAGUGGACAUUAGAUUUUCUUCUCAUCUUAGUCCUGUUUCCUGGAGCCUGUUUCUUGUGUCUCCUUCUGGAGAGAGCACCUAAGUACGCACUACUAUGUGUAUGUGUAUCCCUCCCACCUUUUUCCUUUCACAAAUGGUAGUUUGCUGUGUACCCUGUUCUAUAACUUUUGGAGCUCAUUUCAUAGCAGAACACAACUCAUUUUUAAUGACUGCGUGGUACUCCACUGUAUGGAAGUAGCAGAAGUUCUUUAAACUAGUGCUUUAUUGGUAGAUGGUUCAGUAUAUAUGUGGAUAUUUUUGCAGGAAAAAUUCCUAAAAGUCAUUGCUGGCUCAACAGGAUAUAUAGCGUUUGGCAUUUGGUCAAUAUAGCUCUUCAGAUAACUGAUGUGCAGUUCCAGCAAUAAUUUAUGAAAGUGCCCCUUGUUAACACCAUUACCAAAUUGAUCUUUGGCACUUGGAUAAAUGGAAAUACUAUCUCAAUGUUGUUUACUUUCCAUUUCUCUUACAAAUGGAAAGCUGUUUGUAUUUGCCUUUCUAUGAAGUGUGAUUGACGCUGUCCAUGUUUCAACUGGAUUAUUUCUCUUUUUCUUAAUGGUUUGCAAGUGCCCUUGAUAUAUUAAGAAUAUUAGCCCUCAAUCAUGGGUUGCAAAUAUUUGUUUUUCUGGUAUUUUCAUUUUAAAAUGGGCUAUGAUAUACCUCCAUGAACUUUUCUCCUUAAAAUAGAUGAUGAAUUUGUGAGCUUACUGUUGAUGGUAAAGCUAUGGCUUAUUUGUUUUUUCUUUUGCGUUUGAUAAACAUAACCCUUCCCAGUCCUGUUUGCUUAUUUAACUUAACCAACUUCUUUUCCCCUUAGGUCUUGAAAAGCUGAACCUGCUAUAUUUAUAUGCAACUAAUGUAUUAUACAAGUGAGGCAGUUUACCAAAUUUUUUAACACAUUCACUGAGAACCACUGAACUAGAUGAAGCAUCCCAGAGUAUUAAAUGAUUUGCCCAGGGUUGAUAAAACUGCAACUCUUAUCCAUUGGGAUAAGAAACCAAGUCUCUGUUUUCUCUCUGAAUAUCAAGGUACCUGUAUUCAACAUUUUUUUAGUGUGUCAGUCAUAGAACUCCCUGAGAGCCGAAUGACUAGUGAGGGAAGUUAGGCAUUAUAUACACCAUGCUGAGUCCUGUCACAUAAGGGUGCCAGAGGAACACCCCAAGGAAAUAAGCAGGAAAAGUUGGUUGACCCUGGCCCAGGGCUCUGAAGAGAGCUGUUUGCCAGGUGUGAGAAAGCACAUACCCUGCAGGGAAUAGCAAGUAUUUUCCAGGGAGAGAAGGGGGCCUUUAGGAAUAGCAAACUACUAGUGCAGAAACUAGACGUGGAAAAAUGCAAGCAUUUCUGAAUGGUGCAAGUGGAGGGUGCAUGGGAGGUGGGGGCAAUAUAAUGCAAAGUCUGACAGGAUUCAGUGGCCUUUUGUACCCAAAUCAGAAGUUAGUACUUUAUUUUGUUUACCUGAGUAUGUUAGGAGCUUGAUAGUCCAGUGCAAUGUUCCUGGUGCUAAUACUGUUUCCAGGAAAGCAAAGUUCCUGAUUCACCACCAGGAGUUCUCAGGUCCCCUGCUUCCCACAGCAUCUGCUCAAACUGUCUGCAGUUAUUAAAGAGACCAGUAGGUGGCGCUCUUGCCCAUUGUGUAGAAAGCUGAAUUAAACUGUUGAAACUUGGCAUUCUCCUUACUCCAGUUCUGUCAACAAACUCAGAGCACCUACCUUGAGCCUUUGGAUACAGAGCUGAAUAAGACACAUGCCCUCCUUUGAAGCUCCCUGGUUCCGGAGAGUGGAGAAUUGGUCAGGUCUGGAUGACUUACUUCUUUCCUUGCCCUACUUGGAGAGGGAAAGAGCCCCAAUUUAGAGACCCAAAAUGAUGCCUAUGUGUAAGAUGAUGCAGAAGAUACCAGUGAUCUUCUCCUUACGGGGCUGAGGAAAAGGGAAAGAGGUUCUGGUGUAGAGACCAAAGGGAAAAGUCUUGGAGGAAAAGGGAUGAAGUUUCAUUAAUUUAUUUGAAUAUUUGAAUCAAAUAUUUAUUGGGUAUCUAAUAUGCUAGACAUUGCUCCAGGUGCGGGGGAUAUAGCCAUGAACAAGCUAGACAAAAAUCGCUGCCCUCAUGGAGUUCACAUUCUUGUCUAGGGGAGGGAGACAAUAAAAUACACCAAAGAACCAAAGGGAUGAGUCAGUGAAAGGGUCCGUCUGGAGCUGAGGCC